AUGGCGCCACCCCCCGGCCCCCCGCCGCAGCAGGACACUAAGUCGCAGCACAACUGGCAGACGGUCGUGCCGGACACCUCGCUGUUCCCGCCGCCGCCCAGCUUCUUCGCCGGCUGGUACCGCUCGCCGGCCACCAACGCCCCGGAAGAAGAGGCCGAGGCCGGCGAGAAGUGGUGCGCUCAGCACCCGCUCCUCGCCCCCACCACCCUCGACGCCUCGGCCCUCGCCGCCCUCGGCGCUCACAACCCCCGCCUCAUGGAGCCCGCUGUAGGCUUUCGCGGGCAGCUCGCCUGGACCGCACCGGGCCGCUGGACGCUGCAGACGGACGCGAAGGCGCCCGACAGCUGCAUCAUCGGCUACCCCCCGCUGUACGCCGUGACAGCGCACAGCCCGCUGCGCGACGCGCGGCCGCGCACCGUCUACUACGAGGUAGUGGUGCGGCCGGCGCCGCCGCGCGCGGGCAGCAACAACCCAUUCCACCGCCCGCCGGCCAGUGCCAACGACGAGGUGUGCCUCGCGCUGGGGUUCACGGCGCUGCCGUACCCGUCGUUCCGCAUGCCCGGGUGGCACCGCGGCAGCCUGGCUGUUCACGGCGACGAUGGGCACAAGUUCAUCAACGACCGAUGGGGCGGGCAGUCGUUCACGGAGCCGUUCCGCCACGGCGAGGCGUACGGCAUCGGCAUGACGUUCUCCGUGCCGGGUGGCGUCGCCGCCGGUGGCAGGAUCGAGACCGAGGUCUUUUUUACUCGCGGUGGCAGGGAAGUCGGCCGCUGGAACCUGCACGAAGAGGCCGACGCUGAGGAGAAUCUGCCCGUCACGGGCCUCGAAGGCUACCACGACCUCAGCUGCGCCGUCGGCACGUAUGGCGCCGUCGACUGCGAGGUCGUCUUUGAUCCGGCCCGCUGGGCGUUUAGGCCAGCGGGCUGCUAG